AUACCAUAUACUUACCGUAUUUCAGCAUGAAUAGAAAAAAUAAAAAUCCUGACACGAAAGGAAGAAGCUUACUGGUCGAAAUCGAAGACGAGCUGCCCAAUCAAACGGACUCAGAUUAUUCCCUAUCAUCCAAUGAUCAGCAACUCUUCAAGAACCAGGCUCUGGUGAUGGACCUGCAUGGAAUGCAGCGGGAUGAGCUGCCUGAUAAUCCACUUCCUGAGGUGAAAACUCGGAAGCUCUUAAAGAAGAAGCGGCCCAGACCUGAUCUUGAUCAAGGCCAGGAUCAGAGCGCAGGCAGCCUGACCAGCAGUUCGGGGAGCUCCGUGGUUCCACCAGGGCCGGAGAAACAGGAGGAGUUCUUUGAUGCCCAUGAAAGCUAUCAUAAUAUUCAAGAGAACCAAAUAAGUACAACACCCAAUCGUCCCAACGUCACAUCAAAACCAACGGAUACUCCCGAAGCCAUGCGUCCGCAGUCCACGCCGCAGAACACCACAAACCAAACAAGUACAACACCCAAUCGUCUCACCAUCACAUCAAAAGACACGGGCAACCCCGAAGCCAUGCGUCCGCAGUCCACACCGCAGAACACCACACAGCAAACAAGUACAACAACCAAUCGUCUCAACGUCACUUCAAAACACACGGGCAACCCCGAAGCCAUACGUCUAGCCACACCGCAGAACACCCCACAGGACAAAGCAGAGGAGAGAAUAGCUGUCUCAGACGCUACCACGACGGCCCCUGCUACACAAGACACUGGGACCGGGCGGACGCCUCUGACGAGCGCUGUAAGUGUCUUAUCAUUCUGA